GUGGCCCUCGUACCACUCUCGCUCCCACGCUCGCGCAAGCGGAACUGGGGAGAGCAGGACAGAGCGGGAGAGGCUGCAGCGGCGCAGCCCCCAGCUCGGAAGCAGACCUGGUACGACUGGUUGAGGUUGUGCGAUGGCGAAGGGGGCGGUCGCGGGGACGGCGGUGGUGGUGUGCGCCGCGGCCGCGGCUGCGGCGGCGGUCGGGGUGGCGGUGGUGGUGUCGCGGAGGAGGAGGAGGACGCGGGACGCGGAGGCGAGCAGGCGGAAGAAGAUGGCCGACGUCAUCGAGGAGCUGGAGCAGACGUUGGCGACGCCGACGCCGCUGCUGCGCGGCAUCGCGGACGCCAUGGUGGAGGAGAUGGAGCGCGGGCUGCGCGCCGACCCCCACGCGCCGCUCAAGAUGCUCAUCAGCUACGUCGACAAUCUGCCCACCGGGGAUGAGCAUGGGCUGUUUUAUGCACUGGAUCUUGGUGGGACCAACUUUCGUGUUCUACGGGUUCAGCUUGGAGGAAAGGAGAAACGUGCUGUCCAACAAUAUGAAGAGGUGCCCAUUCCACCUCAUCUGAUGGUUGGGACUUCCACCGAACUAUUUGAUUUCAUUGCGGCUGAGCUAGAAAGAUUUGUUGAGACUGAAGGAGACGAUUUCCACUUGCCUGAGGGCAGGCAUAGGGAACUGGGUUUCACCUUUUCUUUCCCAGUACACCAAACAUCGAUAUCGUCAGGCACCCUCGUUAAGUGGACAAAAGGAUUUUGCAUCAAUGGCACGGUUGGGGAAGAUGUGGUGGCUGAAUUGAGCAGUGCUAUGGAGAGGCAGGGGCUUGAUAUGAAAGUUACAGCUUUGGUUAAUGAUACUGUGGGCACGUUGGCUGGUGGGAUAUAUGCUGAUAAUGAUGUCGUCGCUGCUGUAAUAUUGGGCACUGGGACAAAUGCAGCGUAUGUUGAGCAUGUAGAUGCAAUUCCAAAAUGGAAGGGACCACUACCUAGAUCAGGAAACAUGGUCAUCAACAUGGAAUGGGGGAACUUUAAGUCAGACAAGCUUCCCCGUUCUGACUACGAUAUUGCCUUGGAUUUUGAAAGUUUGAACCCCGGCGAGCAGAUGUAUGAGAAGAUGAUUUCGGGCAUGUAUCUUGGAGAGGUUGUGCGAAGGAUCUUGCUUAGGCUGGCUCAUGAUGCUUCCUUAUUUGGUGAUGUUGUUCCAUCAAAAUUGGAGAAACUAUUUGUACUGAGGACGCCGGAUAUGUCAGCCAUGCAUCAUGACACCUCACAUGAUCUCAAGCACCUUGGUGCUAAGCUGAAGGAUAUCCUGGGGGUUGCCGAUACUUCGCUGGAAGCAAGAUACAUAACCCUUCACGUCUGCGACAAGGUCGCGGAGAGAGGCGCGCGCCUGGCUGCUGCCGGCAUAUACGGCAUCGUGAAGAAGCUGGGCAGGGACAGAGCGCCGACUGACGGCAGUCCGAAGCAAAGGACCGUCGUCGCCAUAGAUGGAGGCCUCUACGAGCACUACAAGAAGUUCAGCUCCCGCGUCGAAGCGACGGUCGCGGAGCUGCUCGGUGAGGCGGCAGCCUCGUCGGUCGUCGUCAAGAUGGCCAACGACGGCUCCGGCAUCGGUGCCGCCCUUCUCGCGGCCUCACAUUCCCAGUACAAUGUCGUCGAGUAGUCCUAGGAGAGGGAGUGAGCUCCUGGCGCAGCUUCUUGCUUUCGCCUGGAUCACUUAUUUUGCCAUUUCUCUCCACCGAUAGCUAGUCUUGUGCCAAUGAGUUUCGUUUGCAACCGCGGGAAGGUGGAAACGGAGGCGGAGGUUAGAAUGACGCCGCUCCUUUCCUGCCAAUUCUUUUUCCCUAAACCUGCAAGUUUCUGUUGCGAUGCCAUGUCGCGAACCAAACAGAGGAGACCUGCAUCUGAUCUUCUACAAUUCAGAAUAAGGAGGGUGGUAUAUCACAUAAUCGAAACAUUUAUGAUUUCUUC